AUGGACAUCCUCGAACAAUCCUACGCCUUUGGCCGCUCGCCGCUGGCCGAGGAUCUUGCAACAACACCGCGCGACGCUUACAUCUUUGGCGGCCACAUUGCCCAGUCGCUCUCGCCGCGCCUGCACAACCUCAUGUUUGCGGCGCGCGGCGUGCCUUGGCAUUUUUUGCUGUGCCAGACGACGGACACCGAUCGCUUCGCCGAAAAACUACAGGACGACCGCUGCUUGGGCAAUUCCAUCACAAUGCCGAACAAGGUGGCCUUUAUCCCACGGCUGGACGAGCUGACCGACGAGGCCCGGGCCAUUGGUGCUGUCAACACGUCUUUCGUCAGGCUGGACGGCCGCGGCCGUCGCAAGUGGAUUGGUGCCAACACGGACUGCGUCGGCAUCCGUGAGGCGGUUCUGGCGCGCUUUCCGGAUGCUCCAGCAACUACACGGGGCCGCACGGCCAUGGUGCUGGGUGCUGGUGGUGCGGCGCGGAGUGCCGUCUAUGCGCUGUGGCGGUGGUUCUGUGCCUCCGAGAUUUACGUGGUCAACCGGCUCAAGUCGGAGGUCGACGAUCUCAUCACAUCGUUUGAGAAGUCGGUGCCCGGGAUACGUCUACGCUACGUGUCCUCCCUCCAUGAAAUGGCCCGCUUGGAGACGCCGCGCAUCAUUGUGGGCACAGUGCCGGACCUGCCGCCCCAGGACGAGGAUGAACUGCGCUGCCGGGCGCUGUGCAAUGCGGUGCUGAGCCGACCCGAUCAGGGUAUGCUUGUAGAUAUGUGCUACAUGCCGUCGCCGCAGACCGCCCUCUACACUACCGCAGCGGGCAAAGGCUGGCGUGUGAUUUCAGGGACAGAGGUGGUUGCGCGGGUGUGCAUUGCGCAGAAUAUUCUGUGGCUGGAGCAAGAUGUGAACGAGGCGACAGUACGACAAGUGCUGGCGGUGGUGGAGGAGACCGUCGGUGGGAAAAUGUUGCAAAAUAUGCCGGGUGCACCGGCUGCAAAUUUGUAG